AUUAACAUGGAUUUUGCUACACGGCAAGCAAGUAUUAAGAGUGUUUUGACAUGCGGAAUUUGCAAAAAGCUAUGCAAAAAAGUCACCAUAAUUGAAGAAUGCUGUCACAGAUUUUGCAAGAAGUGCAUAACAAAGAAGAUAACAGAAGAGAAAUCGCAUAGUUGUCCAGUAUGCAACUUGGAUUUAGGCUGUGCCCCAUUGCAGAAAAUCAGGCCUGAUAACCAAGUCCAAGAGAUUCGCGACAUAUUUUCUAAUCGAAGAAAAGAAUACAUUGAGCGUGGAAUAAUUGAAGGAAACUCCAAAAAAGGCGAAAGCAAAAAGGUAGCUGAGGAUAAUAAUGCCAUGCUCAUUGAUAAUCCAUUGCCUGCUACUAGUUCAAGGAGAAAGGAGAAGUCCAUCUCUUCCUUAGUGACUACUAAACCUGAAGUUUCAAAUCAUCAGAACGUUCCGAGUGGAAGAAAAAAAGGCCAUGCUCCUCGUUUUCAAGAUCCCAUUAAAUUUGAUCUUAAUGUUGAGCACAAGUUAAAGGGAGAUCAGUCUGGAAGUUCAAAUACUCCUCUUCUUUCAAGCAAAGCUACUCAGAAUAAAGAACAGGUGGAGAGUCCUAAUGCUGCUGAGUCCUCAAAGAAUGAUGUCUCAAAGAAUCCUACUCCAAGAAAAGGUGAACCACUGGAUGGUAUGAAUGACCUAUGGGAACCACUAAAUACAUUGGUAAUUAAAGGUGUGAGUUUAGGCAAUUCCAACAAAUCCAAGUCCACAGAGCCUGUCUCAAACUUCGCUCCGAUAGUCAAUCUUGAAGAUGAAGAUGAAGACGAUGAAGAAGAUGACGAAGAAGAUGAGGAGUACGUCCCUUCUAAAACAAAGGAACACAAAGUUAGCAAACCAAAUGUUCAAAAAGAGGAAAAUAGAUCAAGUAAUAUUGCAGCUGCAGCACCAUCAAGUACUUCAGGAAAAGGCAAAAAGGGACGCCGUGGCAGAAAGAAAAAGGACACACUUCCCUCUGGUGGCGGAUCAAGUAAUGCGCCAGAAGUACGAGUUACUAAUGAGGCCACAAGCAGCAGUAAAAAGAAUGAAAGAACCAGUCCUAUUUGGUUUACUUUAGUUGCAUCUGAUAAACAGGAAGGUCAUUCACCCUUGCCACAGAUUCCUUCCCGCUACAUAAAGAUCAAGGAUGUGAAUAUGCCUGCUUUGUACAUAAAGAAGUAUCUUGCACAAAAACUGAGUCUCCAGAGUGAAGACGAGGUGGAGAUUCGCAUAUUAGGCCUUCCGAUUCUUCCUGCAUUGCCACUGUACCGACUAGUUGAGCUGUGGUUACGUGCAGCACCAAGCUCAGAAAUUAGAAAGGCAAAAGUGGGAGGUUCUGCCAAAGAUUUCGUGAUGGUUUUGACAUAUGCUCGCAACCUUAGACCUCAACCUCAUUGACUCUUAUCAUCAGUGUAUUGUGUUGUACAAGUAUGUGAUUCUAUUAUCACAAAUGUGUUUCAGUUUCUCCUUUUGCUUAAAUAUUCAUUCAUCGGAUAUUCGCAAGGAGAAACCUUUAUAUGC